CUUAAUGCCCAUGUUGAAAGAAAUGUGUGCCUCCUGCCUGAAGCCUGUCUACCCCAUGGAGCGUGUGGUCACUGACAAGGUCUGUGUGCACAGCUCGUGUUUCUGCUGCCAGGUCUGCGGGAGGAAGCUGAGCUUGCAAAACUAUGCUGCCCUCCACGGGGUGUUUUACUGCCAAGUCCACUACAAGCUGAUGGCUGGGGCUGGAAGCAGAAGUGAGAUGGAAAGACUGGAGCACCACCACGUUCAGCAGGGGCCAAAGCCCUGGGACUGGUGCCAGGAGGCUCCUGAAAAAAUGAACAACAGAAGAAAAACAUCAGGAGCAGAAGAAGAUUACGACAGUCUGUCUUCCGAAGACUUGGAGAUGUUGAAUUAUGACCUUUCAGAGAAGGAGUUCUUCAUAUAG